AUGUCUGCUGAGAUGCUCCAGUUCCCCCCCACCACCAUGGUGAAAGCUUCAUACUAUUACCUGGGUCCAGAAAACAAAUUCGAAGUCAAAACCGUGGACCCAACUUUCACUCACAUUUUCUGGGCCUUUGCUCAAAUCGACUCUAGCAGCCACGAAGUGGAUAUCUCCACCAUGAACCUACCCCAAUUCUACAAGUUCGCAGAAAUCGUCAAAACAAACGAGCAAUUGCAAAUUCUCUUGUCGAUAGGCGGUAAAAACGCAGAAAAAAACAUGUUUGAUUCCAUGACAAGAACACUCGAAAACCGGAAAGCGUUCAUUGAGUCUUCCAUCGAUGUCGCUAGAACGUACGGUUUCCACGGGCUCGAUCUUGCUUGGGAAUAUCCUAGCAAUAAAGUGGAGGUGGGCAACUUCCGGCAUCUUAUUGAAGAAUGGCGUGUAGCGGUUCAGAAAGACUCGGUCAAAACCGGUAAACUUCCUUUGCUGUUAACUGCUGCGGUUCGCUACUCCCCCGAUGUCAACUCCUCCUUGCAGUACCCGGUUGAUGCCAUUGCCAAGAAUUUGGAUUUUGUUAACAUAAUGUCUUAUGACUUUUACGGACCGGAUUGGUCUGACGUGACCCGACCACCUGCUGCUCUCUAUCCUUCAGACCCGGAAGUGUUCCUUUUAUGGGUGUCGUCACUCACAUCAUCAGAAGAGGAUUUAGGCUUUUGA